CACACGCAGAAGACUGGUACUGGAUACACGAAUGCCGCCUUGGGCACUCCAGCAAUCGGUUUCUUGGCCUGAUUAUUUUCUUUCCUCCCCGCCUGUCGUAGCUGAAGCUUGGUGAUAGUACGGAUACAUACGCUCCUGCUGGCAUCCCACAGCUCCGACACUACUUUCAACGGGCAAGGCAACACCACGAACGACACCUCUUGCCCUAUCCUUGGUGCAGAUAAAAAUGUCGUCCUUCAGUCCCACCCAGAUCUUCGAGGAGGGCACGACAGAGGAAAAGGGCGAGAAUGCUCGUCUUUCUGCCUUUGUCGGCGCCAUCGCUGUUGGUGAUCUGGUCAAGAGCACCCUGGGCCCCAAGGGCAUGGACAAGAUCCUGCAGUCGGCGUCCACCGGCGAAAUCAUGGUGACAAACGACGGCGCCACUAUCCUCAAAUCCAUCGCCCUUGAUAACGCCGCCGCCAAGGUGCUGGUCAACAUCUCCAAGGUCCAGGACGAUGAGGUCGGAGACGGCACGACCUCGGUGUCGGUGCUGGCCGCGGAGCUGCUGCGCGAGGCCGAGAACCUGGUCAACAAGAAGAUCCACCCUCAGACCAUCAUCGAGGGCUAUCGGAUAGCCAGCAGGGCGGCUCUCGAGGCCUUGGAGAAGUCAGCGGUCGACCAUAGCACGAACCCCGAGGCGUUCAAGAAAGACCUCAUCGCGAUCGCCAGGACGACACUAAGCUCCAAGGUGCUGGCACAGGACCGUGAUCACUUUGCCAAGCUCGCAUGUGACGCGGUGCUGCGGCUGCAGAACUCGUCAGACCUGAGCCACAUCCAGAUUAUCAAGAAGGCCGGCGGCAAGCUGAGCGACUCUUUCCUGGACGAGGGCUUUAUCCUGGACAAGAAGAUUGGUGUCAACCAGCCCAAGCGGUUAGAGAAGGCCAAGAUCCUCGUGGCCAACACUUCCAUGGACACAGACAAGGUCAAGAUUUUUGGCGCCCGUAUGAAGGUCGGUUCAACGAGCAAGCUGGCCGAGCUGGAAAAGGCCGAGAAGGAUAAGAUGAAGGCCAAGGUGGACAAGAUCAAAGCCCAUGGCAUCAACUGCUUCAUUAAUCGCCAGCUCAUCUACAACUGGCCCGAGCAGCUGUUCACCGACGCCGGCAUCAUGUCGAUCGAGCACGCCGACUUUGACGGCAUCGAGCGCCUGGCCCUCGUAACUGGUGGCGAGAUCGCGUCCACGUUUGACCACCCAGACCAAGUCAAGCUAGGACAGUGCGACCUAAUCGAGGAGGUCAUCAUCGGCGAGGACACACUGAUUAAGUUUUCGGGUGUGGCGGCGGGCGAGGCCUGCACCAUCGUGCUCCGCGGCGCCACCGAGCAGCUGCUGGACGAGGCCGAGCGCAGUUUGCACGAUGCCUUGGCCGUGCUGUCACAGACGGUCAAGGAGCCCCGCACGACACUGGGUGGUGGCUGCGCCGAGAUGGUCAUGGCUAAGGCCGUCGAGGGCGCCGCAACCCGUGUCGAGGGCAAGCGACAGAUGGCGGUGGCUUCCUUUGCUGUCGCCCUGCGCCAGCUGCCCACCAUCCUGGCCGACAAUGCCGGUCUAGACUCUGGCGAGCUCGUGGCACGCCUGCGCAAGGCCAUCUACGACGGCAUGACCACAUACGGCCUCGACUUGAUGACGCCUGGUGGUGGUAUCGCGGACAUGCGUGAUGUGGGUGUGAUCGAAAGCUACAAGCUGAAGAAGGCAGUGGUGUCAUCUGCAAGCGAGGCGGCCGAGCUUUUGUUAAGGGUCGAUGAUAUCAUUAGGGCAGCACCGCGGAGACGGGAGAGGCACUAAGUUAUUGUCCCUGCCUCCCGAGCAGGAAGCUUCUCUGGCAGCAGUCCUUUCGAAAAAAGCUGUAUUAUACCAUAGACGACGACAGCCAUGGGCCGGCUAAUGAGAAUAAAAUGGCAAAAUACCCAACCCCACAUGGGUUUCUCGCGGUGACAUCUUGACGUUUUGGAGAUGAAGAUGGCAAGAUACAGGGUGACAUAUACGAGGUAAAUAGGACAGCGUCGACGUGGAUAGAUUGUGUAAGAGACUAGUAGAUUUGGCUGGACGCUGCCGAGAUAAGGGGCAGGUUGAUGAGGGCUUUCUGAUGUGCUGCCGGGAGCGACAUGUAUUGUCCCGACCGUGGAUUCCGUGACAUAGUUCGCGACUGAGGGUAUUAUCUGUUAUAAUUGAACUGCGUGUGUUGGUGAC